AAAAGACAAAAGCAAAAAGGAAUCGAAUGGCGAGUGAGCGCGUCCCUUUUCUUGUAAAAGCACAUCCAUAGAAAAAUGAAAAAUUCCGAUAGAGAGCAGUAAAUGGUGAAAUAAAAUAUAAUUAAAUGUGGAAAAAGCUACAAACUUAAUUUUAAAGAUUGAAAACAGAAAAAUUCCGCUGGAAAAAGUUCAAUUGUGAAGAUAUACAUAAGAAAUUAGGUGCACAAAUUCAGCAGACGCAAAAAAGUGGUGGUGAAAAAUUUGCUUAUAUUUGCUGUUGCUGUCGGCUUCGGCUUGCUUGUAUCGUUUUCGUGUUCUCUGUUAAUUUUUUACUUAUUUUCGUGCAUCUGCUUGUAAGCAGAAUUGAUAAUAUAUUUAAUGUGAGAAAUAACUAACAAAUCGAAAUUUACAACACACGACUGAUAAUGGCGUUGGAUGGAGCGAAAUUUAUUUGCUUGUCUGAGGCAGCUGCUGGGGACGCAACUGAAGCGACGCCGGCCGUAGCCACGGGGGAUGUUGCCGGCGACAGCGCUGAGGCCGAGGCAAUAAAAGGCGAAGUGAUCGAAGCGAAAGGACGCAAGUUCACUGUGGGGUACUAUAUGAGCUGUGAUUAUGUGGUCGAUGAUCCUCGCGCAAUUGGAGUGCACUGCGAGAUACUAUGCGACGCUUUCGGUCGGGUGACCAUUCACAAUUUGUCGAAGGCAUAUCCAAUUAGCGUUAAUGAACAGAUUAUAACUAUAAAGCGGCCUCUGUUGGAUGGUAGCCGCAUUAAGAUCUUGGACAGAAUGUUUUUGUGGAAGUUUCCUAAAUCGUUGGAGACGACUGCAAGCAGCAGCAACAAACAAGUCGCAAAGGACGAUGAGACCGAAAUUUCAACACCACAAAAAAUGGCAGGAGUACCGGAACAAGCACCAAAUUCAUGUCCUGACCUCAAACCCCAUAAAAUAGUUGAUAAACGAUUCACAGUCCAUAACUUUGCAUACUGCAUUAACUCAGAUGACGAAGGUAACACUUCAUCUGAAAUACCAAGCAUCACGGAGUCCGAGAAUGGUGAAGAAGUUAGUACCAGCACAGACACAAAUAAGUCCGAAGCAAAAGAGGACACAUCUUCACAACUACCAGAAGUUUGUAAUAAUGAACUUGGCAUAUCAAAUCAAACUACUGCAUCAAAAGAUAGUGCAGAUGGCAAAAUAAAAGUAGAAACUUUGCCUAAGGAACGUCGAAGCGUUACACCAGAGCUACAGCGAAGUGCGCCAACCAUUGCCAGUACACCGCUAAUUAAGUUAGAUUAUACCCCGAAAGCGGAUCUAAUAAAUUGUACACAAAACAAAGAAAAUAAAAGUACUGAAAAGAAAAGGAGUCUUUUGUCGUUGUGCCACCAAUCUGAUGUUGUGAUCACAUCGUACUCACCCCGCGAAACCGGCGUUCGCAUCGAAAAAUCUUUUACAGCAGUUUGUAAGCCUUCAGUUACUUGUCUAGCCAGGACUCCCAGGAGCGUAUACAGCACGCCGAAAAGCGUGCUCUCUGAUUACAACGACGAAGGCAGUCGCGACUUUAUUGAUUUCACCACGCCGGCAACGUCGAAGAAAGCUUUCGGUUCACGUACGGCUGCCGGAAAUUCCUCCAUGCAUUUAAUUGAUUUAACUACACCGAGCAUAUUGGCACCAGCCAGCUCGCGUCGACGCCCUACUUUUAAAUGCAAUAAAACACUUCCCAGCGACGUCAAACUGUCUACCACUCCGCUCGCCUUUUCCAACCUAAAAGAAGGUCCAGAGGAAGAGGAGGGCGUUCAUACGCUACCAGGGACUCCGUUAGUAGAGCCGUCGACCAGUAAAUCCAAUAUAACGCCACAAAGUGCUGAGUCAGUUAUAAGUGUCGAUGGUUCCACUGACUCAUCUACUGCGGUAAUUGAAAUCUCUACAGAAGACUCGGCCACCCCCAGCACUAGUUCACCGUCCAUGCGUGCGGGUGCACCGUCGAAGACCCCACAGCGUGGUGGACAUAAACAGGUGACUUCUACUCCACUGCGCACACCGCAGUCCCUAAUGAAACGUGCCAUAUUGACCAGCGCCAAGAAGCAGGUCAACACUCCACUACGUACGGCGCCCAGUAGCACCACGCCAAUUCGACAACUACCCACCACACCUAAGCGUAAAGUUAAUAUGGAUGAAACCGGAUCAGCCCGUUCCACGCUUAAGGGACGCAUCGCUAUAGGAUCUCCGAGUAACGUGGCUGCAGCACAGCGUCGCAGCUUCACGACAGGGCGCAGCUUGGCUGGUGCAAGCAGCACAUCAACCCCCGCAAGGGAGCGUGCAAUAACAACUUCCACUCCGCUGCAAACGGGUGCCACUCUAGGCAGGAAAAUGCCCGCUUCUGCAUCGCGCGCAGCAGCAGCAAAGCGUACCUCACCACUACGAGGUGUGCGCAAAUCAUUCGGCAGCUCAACACUCACAUCACAUAUUUCGAAACCACGGCGUUCGAUUGUGCCUCCACGCAAACAUUCACCAACAUCCAUCGGUGCUCAACUUGUGGCAAAAGCACGUAAGUCACUCUGCACCGCUAGCGCAAGCCGCAGUCAAGUAGCUUCGCGUGCGCGCAGCCUAGUUGCAGCCGCGAUAAAGGGAAGCGGACAAAAUGAAACUACAAAUUUAGCAUCGGAGAAAACAAAAAAUGAGGACUUGCCUUCAGAUACUCCAGGAAAAGAAGGGAAAGAGAAUGUUUUAAGCGAUAAUGUUAAAAAUGAAGUUAAUGAGUUAAGCCGCACCUUCACUGUGGAUGACUCGCUAGAGGAGGUGAAUCUUAAAGCUGAAAAUACUUCUACUGCUCAAAAUGUAAUAUUUUCGCCGGUUGAACAAGAUUCCAUUAAGCAAAUGGAGGCAUCCGUGUCACAAAAUCAGGAAAUUAAUAAAACGUUUUCGCCAGAGAAAUCAGUAUCUGUGGUUGGGGCCGAGGCAGGGCCUGAUAUACCCGUUGAUGUUGCAGAAACCAUUGGGUUUGAAAAGCAAGAGAAGAGUGUGCAAGACUUCAAAGAAAAUAAAGACAAUAACGUGUCAGAACACAUAUCGGAAAGUUUCGCCGAAGUUGUCGAGUCGAGUGAUAAACCAAUAGAGGCGACUAAUCCACAAGAAGGGACAAUAGCUAGUCAGCAACACCAGGAACGAAGUGUUAGGACUGAGCAAUUAUUAGGUACGAGUGCAACUAUUUUGGAAACGGAUCAGCAAGAUAUCUCUGCAGAUUCUAACCGGAUCAGAGAAAUAGUAAACACUACGGAAGCUGAAACGCAAGAGACUUCAAAAGAGUCCAACGAUAGAGUUCUCGAGACCUUAGAUGCAGAUGAGGUAAGCAGUAGCGUCAUGGUUGCACAACUAGAUGCCAACGAAGCCGAAACCAUUCUGGUCACUCCAGUGCCUACCGAAGGCCUUGAAGACGAAGGCGCUCCCAAAGCCACCGGGGAAUCUCAAGGCACAGCGGAACUGCUGGAAGAGAUCGAUUAUGUUCUGAAUAAAUCUGAUGAAUUGCAACAGCAGUUGGGCAAAGACAUACAUAACACGAGCAGUGGAAAUGAGGACGCCGUUGAAUUGGAAGCAGCGAUUUCUGCGAACGUAGGCGAGAAAAUCGAAGAGCUUGUUGCUAAGGAUAAUACCAACGUUUCACACAGUACUUCAAUAGAAGGUGCUUUGACUGCUGAACAAGAAACAAAUACCAACAAAUUGGAAGCUGAUGUGGAAGACUUUACAAUCAGCGACCAGAACGCCGACAAUGCUGUCUCGGAAGAUCCAAAUUCAAGUAAGAUGGCCCCCGACGCUAAACCAGGCGUGAAUGAGGAUGUAUCAUCGACUGAUUCUGAUAUAUUGCCAUCAACAUCUGAGAUCGUGUCCACCGGCUCUAAUGCUAGUUCAGUGAAAACGGAAAUGGUAUCGAUUACAUCGAUAACCACGCCCAGUGAGUUUGAUGUGUCCACUACUGAAAGUAGCUCUGUAGAAAAGACAAUAACAUCAGAAGAGCAAGAAGGGGCCUCCAAACAACCGAUAAGCGUAGGUGAAGUUGAUCAAAUUACAAUUAACCCUACAGAACCAGAAAUGAAGAUGCUCGAAAUAACUACUGCCGAAGUAAAUACUUCUAAUGCGCCAGAGUCUACAACAGGCGACCUUGAAGAGAAGCCGGUAGAUCAUAGUGAAGGUGCUCCAAAUGAGCUUGCGGAUGAAACAAAAGCCGCUAAAUCCGAACCAAAAUCAGAUGCUAUUGACUCGGAGGCUGCUGUGGUGGAGUCUGUACAAAUUGAACUGAUAGAAAAUGAAGAAACCGAAAUAUUUGAAGAAAAUAUAUUGUUUACCGAUGAUGAAGUAGAUCAACAAACUUCAGUGACCGACAAAGAUUUACAUGCAACACCAGCAGAUUGCGAAGCGAAAUCGUUAACGAUUGCUGUCCCGAAUUCGAAUAAAUUCGGAAAAGUAGAGACAGAUAAGUCUUUUAUUGGCAAUACGAUAGCAGAGCCGGCUAAGGCAAUUGAAGAAUCUGUUUCAGAACUCAAGGGGUCUUCAGUGGACUCCGGGAAACCUGCAGUAAACCCCACAUCAAUCGAAAAUGACUCCAACGAAGUGUCGGAAGCAACUAAAAAGCCAACGCAGGCUUCCAAUGAAUUUGCGACUAUGCCAAUUGACACCAACACAACUGUUAUUGAGGUACAUGAAAACGUCAAAACAGUUGAUGCAGUCACUAACGAGGAGGAGGAAGAGAAGAAAAUCAUUGCCGCCGAUGAGGAUAACAAACCCGUUGACAUCGCCACUGAAACUGGUGUCUCUGCGUUGGAGGAGCCCAAAACACCAAAUCUCCGUGGUAUACGUGAAAUGCUGCGCACCCCAAAGCAAUCACAAACCUCCACACCCCGUUUUAUUGGCUUGCGUAAUCUAAUGCGCACUCCGAAGGCAUCCACCAGCGCAGCAGCGGCGUCUGCUGCAGUUGAAGGUGACGAGGAGGAGCUGAUAGGCAUACAGACAUUGUUGAAAACGCCGCUACAAAGCAGAAUGAACGCACAAACUCCACAACUGGCAAUUGAUAGCAGCACUUAUACGCCUCGACGCAGUGCUAGACGCAGAGCUUCAGCAAAUGCGGAUCUCACGCCGACUCGUUGUAUAACACCAACUCUGGAAGUCGUCACCGAAGCUGGUACACCGCGCCGCUCCACGCGUCGUCGGGCUUCGGCAUCAGCUGAGGUGAGUUACACGCCACAUCGUAUCACAAGGCGACGUUCAUCGCUGUCGUUGGACAAUGAGGAGGCCGUAUCUGCCUCAUUGACCCCGCAUAAACGUGGUGGUUUGCGCGCCAGACUAACGACUAUAUUGACAGAAUGUUCAGUAGCCGAAGAUAUGGGUGCGAUUAUUGAAGAAGAAUUCAAAGAAGCUGCGCAGGAGUCCAUUGACAUUCAACAACACAAUUUGGAAGCUGUUGGUGAAAUUUCGGAAGCAACUGAGCCUAACUUAGCGAAAGUGAUUGAGGAGAGCAUUUGUGAAGAAGUUAACACCAAAACGCAGCAGGACGUGGAAAUAAAUCCAGCAACAUUUGAAGUAGUAAACGUAGAAAAUGAAGAAAAUUCGAAUGUAAUUAAUGAAGUGCGAAAUGAACAAGCAUGUGAACUGUCUGACGAUAAUAUAAAGAAUACUGACACAGAGUCUGAAUGUCAUCCGGACUCUUCAUUCAACGAACUUCAAACAGAUGAAAAAGACAUCGUCCAUAAUACCUCAGAUAGUACAGCUAAUGCAAAGGCGAUAGCAACCAAUGACGGAGCAGAAGAGCUGUCUGAAAUUGACGCUUUAGUAACGGUAAAAACUAAUGAAUCCGAUGAAAUUCUAGAUGAAUCCGAUUAUGAAUAUGGCAAAGAAGUUAAAGAAGAAGCCAAAGCAAAUUCUGACGCUGAUAUGCAGCCAAAAACUCCUAAGAGACAUCGUAAAUCCGUGAAGAUUCUAGACACAGCUACAGAAUCACCGAAAACGCCCAAACCAUGCGCCGAUACUUCAAAACUUAUUGGUGUACGAGAUUUAGGACGCACGUCCAAAUCAACAGUUGAUACAGCUGCAGCGGACUUGACUGAUGAUGAAGAACGCUUUUCAGGACUAGCUGAUUUAGUGAAUACCCCUACAGCCAUAACCAGAGUAACAAAGAAAGCACAUGAAGAGGAGGUUGUUUGUGGCAAAAAAGAAGAACAAGAAGAGCCUUCGAGUUCUAACCCAACACACGAAACAUUUGUUGGUAUGCGUGAGCUGUUGAAAACUCCCAAACACACCAGUACGCCACAAUAUCGUGGUAUGCGGGAACUAUUACGCACACCUAAAGCGUGUAGUACACCCCAAUUGGGCGGGCUGGACGAGCUUAUGCAAACUCCAAAGCGCUCUAAACUUAACGCGCAAUAUGACGAUGAAGAUGUAGAGCUCGAUCAGUUCUUUAAAACGCCACGUGCUAAAGAUGUUAUGAUACCUGGCGAACCAGCAAGCGCUGUUUUGGAACCCAGUGCGGAUACCAUGCUCGAUAUUAUGACUGCCACAACUGAAUAUGAACUACAUAGCAAUAGCCAGCGGCCGCUGGAAGAUAUCUACAAAACAUCCGUAAGUACACGUUUGACUAGUGUUGAUACUACUAUUACACAAGAUGUUGAAGAAAACACGGAAAAGGAAAGUAAGGAGGAGGAAGAUAAAAACGUCGUAACUUCUACAACUGGUGAAAGUGAUAUCGAAUUAAUCGUACCCGAAACACCAGCAGCGAAAACUACAACCAAACGAAACCUCUCCGCCGAAGAAGCAUUCGAAGAUUUAGUAGGUGAGCGCACUACGCUCGACGAAACGCCACCACAAAAAGUUUACGAACGCAAACGUCGAUCAGUUGUAGCAACAGAUUCCCUACUUUCACCUUUCUCAGCAACAGAUAUUAUAUCCGAUUUGCCUAAAACCGAUAUACAAGAAUGGGUAGAUAAUUUGGAGGAAAAUGCUGAGCUGGAAGAAGAGGAACAAGAAGUUACUGUUUCGGCAUCAUUAUUAGAAUCCUCGAAAGAAAAACAAGAUCCUUUUGCAACAUCGGCUUGCAAGACAAGUGUCAUUGGUGUGAACAAAGACACAACAGAAGAAUUACUUGCAGAUAUAAGUGCCGUGUCCUCAAUGGCAGAUCCAUUGCUCCCAAGUGCAUCGAAGAGUUCCAAGUCAGUGCAUAAUGUAGACGCUGAUGAAAACGAUACAUUGCGUCCAACGACACCCAUUGAAUCAGAAAUUAGUGGUAUUAACUUGCUUGAUCAAACCAACGAAUCCGUGUUCUCAGAGCCACUGAUAGUAAGCGAUUCCGAGUCGAUGCAAGACAAGGGGGAAAAUGAUGCGAAAGAAAAAGAAAAGACCGACGUAAAAUCAAAUAAAUCGGGAAAUGAUAUUGCAUCAACAGGCGCUAAUAAGUCAAUGGGUGAGGAAGAAUUUCCUGUAAUGUUUGUAGACAGUAGCGAUUCUGAAGCAGAAUAUGCCGAUGGAAUCGACACAAAUGAUGACAGGACGAAACCGGCUGAGAGCACAACUCAUACAGAAACACCCGCAGUUGAAGAAACAAUUAAAAGUGCACAUAACACUGAGAUUAUCGACCUCGACGAUUCUAGUGCAUCCGAAUCCAUUGAAUCCACAGUGCUCAGUAACUCAAGAGCGUUUAAAAAGACUAAAGUAAGUAAUAUUCAUACUGAGUUUAGCAACUUUCAGCCACACAAAAACCUUGCCAGCCAGCAAAUGCGCGCAUCCACUCCUAACCGUUGCAGUAAGGUACGGCAGCCGCAAUAUACGAGGGGACGUCGGCAGAGCAUGGGCGCCGAGAAGUUGCUUGCUAGCAGUUCCAUUGAUUUAACGCUUGAAAAAUCCCGUUUAGCUGGGGAAAGAGCGAAUUCUGUUGCGCUCGUAGAUAAAUGUAUAAUAGAGAUUGAUGAAGAGUCUGUGGAUCUGUCGACCGUAUCUGAGAUAGUGACUAAUUUCGCUGAAGAAGCGGAAAAUACGGCUAAGAUGGAGAAUAAUGAUCAAAAUAAAAAAGUACCUUCAUCAAAACCAAAUGAAGAGUUUGACGCAGAAUUCAGUAAUUUCCAGGCACAUAAAACAAUCACCAGUCAAGGUAGACGGGCCGCCACACCUGAUCAAGUCAAUAAAACGCGUGCGCAGAAAAUAUUACCAGCUCCUCGUCGUUUAACACUGGGCGCUGAGCAGCGCCUAUCGGAUGUAACCGUUGAUUUCAUUGAAGAAAAAGCAAAACUAGAAAAAUGCAAGCAAAAACCAACGCUUAUUGAUGAAUGUAUACAAGAGGUAGACGACUCUGAUAAGGAGUGUGAUACCAACGCCGAGGUAGCUCAAAAUUAUAUCAGUGCAUCGGAAAAAACAGCUAAGGUAGAAAAUUCGAACGAUGUAUCAAAGGAGGAAACAUUGAAGCCUGUACAGGUGAUGGAGGAGAAACUAGCGAUUGCAACUGUUGGAUUAUCGGAGCAAGUAGAUAAAGUUAAACCUGCAGACAAGACAACUGCUAGUGAAGGAAAAGAAUUUGCCGAAACUUCUGACGAACCUACAGAACAGGCAGUUGAAACUGAGGAGGCAGAAAUAAACUCUACAGCUACUGCUGACGAUGUUGAUGAUGUACAAAUAAUACAAGAUGCAACCGAAAUCUCAGCACUUGAAGUGAAACAUACCGAGCCUAUUGAACAGAAAUUGGUUGAACCUGAUAUCAUAGCUAUAAAAGAUGUUACAAUCGCAAAACCUUCAGCAGAAGAUGUUAUACUUAAAAAUGAAAAUCAGCCAGAAGUUUCGCUCAGUGCAGAAGCUUCAAUUGAAAAAGAUAAUGCAACAGAUAAACCUGUAGCAAAAGAAGUUACAUUACAAGAAAAUGAGGCGGUAAUACCAUCAAACGUUGAGUCUUCAAUCGGUAUAGACACCACAACUAAAGGAUCUUUGGGUAAGGAAUUUAGAAUUCAAGAAAAUAAUUCCGAAAUUCCUUCAACUACAAAGUCUUCAACCGUCAAAAAUGAUAGUGGCCAGAAGCUCGAGUUAGCUGGCGAUGUAGCUAUAAAUGUUGUUCCAGGCGAAGGCUCAGAAAACGCGUCACCCAUCGAAAAUGAGUUCAAUGAGAGUGAUAUAUUUGAUUUAUGCGAUGAGCUGCCAAAGAAACCGCUAACAGUUAACACAACUCAAGGAGUUAUAUUUGAUUUAACCGAAGAGGAAGCAGAUGAAGAAAGUGUCGAAAAGAAAAUUGAGGAAAUUGCAACUCAGGACGUUAGCUCUUCCAGUCAACAAAUUGGAAAGACGAAGUCGGAAAAUGCAUCAGAUGAAGUCAUUGCUGGAGAAAUGGAAACUGUAGUCGCAACUGAAUUGAAAAACACAGAGGUGGCCUUGAAAAUUGCCGUUGAUGAAAGCAUAGUCAAUGUUGUGAGUUCAAAGCAAAUAUAUACUGAAAGCAAGGAUCACUUCACUAUCACAACAGAAAAUGGUGCUCCAACUCCUAUAAUUGAGCUGAACAUUUCUCAAGAAAGUACUGACCUAACCUCCGCUGUUGUAGAAGAAGACGUAUCGGCGAACAUGGACGUUUCAACAGCAAAUCAAAAAGAUAAAGAAGAAGAAGCGGAAAGAAAAAUAAUUGGACAACUAGAAGCUACAGCGGUUGAGCAGCAAUCUCAGCCAGAUGCUGUAGCCGAAGCUUAUAUCGAUACCGAAGUUAACGCUGAUGUGCAAUCACUUGAGGAGGAUGAAAUGCUCGUUUUGGCAGUUUCUGUGGAGUCUACAGCUGAUGCUGAGAUUAUCGAAGAUGCUGCAGAGACUUCACAAGCUGCGGUAGAAAUACCAAAUGAAUCACAGGUGUACACUGCCACUGAGGAAGUGCCAAAGCUAAUUAGAGAUACUAGCGAUGAAAUGGAAAUAAAUAAUGCAAACAGUGAAACAGCUCCGAUAAUUGCAGACACUGAUGUGCUUGUUGAAGUUGAAGCUGGUACAAAUAUUAUCAUAACUGAGGAAAAGGCUGAAACCCUAAACGGUGAAAAUGCGCCGGUAUUACAAGUGGAAGAUUCAGUGAUUCAGCUGGAUAGUGAUGUUGAAGAAAUUGCAGAAGAACCACUAUCAAAUACCGUUAACAAGCAGAAAACUGCUAUCGAAAUAGACAUAACGCCUGCAACAAUUGAAAUUAAAGCAAAAGAGGAAAUGGAAACUGUAACCGUUAAAGAAAUAAACUCGGAAAAAAUUGUCACUGCGACGCCAGCAAUUAUUGGAGCAGAAGUAAGCGAACAUGUAAUAAGCGAAAAAUCAGAAGAUGAUGGGGAAGAAAAAGUGAUAGAAGUGAAGGCACAGUCAAACGCUGCAGAAAACAUCGCAGAAACAACACACACGCUCGAAGAAAGCCCAGUGAAAACGAGUGAAUUAGUAGCAAUACAGGAAACGAAGGACGCUGGUCAACAAAAUAAAACAGAAGCUUCGGUACAACAAAUAAAACAACCUGAUGAUGGGGAUGAGUUAGAUGAACCAGCACCAUCCAAUAGAGCGCAUGAAGCAGCGAAGUGUACUGAUCACAAGCCACCGCGAUCUGAACAAACGGCCGCAGAAAUAGAUGAGUUAGCUGCCGAGAGCAUGAGUAUAGCUGAUCAGACAGAAGCUUCGGUGCAGCAAGCAUCAAUGUCGGGAGAAGAUCUAGAUGCACCAAACCUAUCCGAUAGAGCGCAUCAACCAGCGAAGCGUACUGGUCGGAAACCAUCGCGAUCUAAACCACAGGGCGCAAAAGAAAGUGAGCCUACUUCUAAAGCAGCCACCGAGAUCAAGAGUGUAUCUGAGAAACCUGCAGCAAUUAUUAAGGAGCCAUACUUAGAUACAACAGCGAAACUUGUUGAGGAGAAAGUACAAUUAGAACCACUACCACGUACUGAAACCAUUGGAGAGUCGAAAUCACAAGAACAGGACGUUGAAAAGAACACAGAUAAGCCAAUACCAUCAUCUUCAAAUGCUGACCGUGAUAAUAAUGAAGAAAUAGUCGAUGCCACUUCUUCGGAUGGGAAACAAGAACCGGCUAAACGAAGAGUUCGCAAACCAUCACGCUCUAAGAAAACCGCCGCUGAAAAACUUACUGAAGGUGAAAUAGUAGUUAUGAAUGUUGAUCUGCCCGAACAAAAGUUACAGCUGGAUACAAAAUUACCCGAACAUAAAGAAGAGUCUGAAAAUAAAUCAGAAGAAAUAGUGCCAGAAACACCCACAGAAGAUAUGUCCGAGGAAUCUUCUAUGCAGGUAGCCGAAGUAGAAAGCAGUGAACCGCUAGUGAAAAGAAGAGGUCGAAAGCCAUCACAAUCGAAACAAACAGCGCCAGAAAAGUGUGAAGAAAUCUGCAAGGCAACUAUUGAGAAUGUAGCGUUGGAAGAAGACGAGCGUGAAACAAUAAAUGAAAAGCAUUAUUUGGAAAAAACUGAGGAAAAUAUACUCAAUACUGAGACAGAAAUGCCAAAGUCGGAGUUAGAAGAAGCUGAUAAGGUAUGUACACCAGAAACUUCAACUAAGACCAUGGAAAAUGUAGCAAAGGAAGAGAAGGUGCACGAAAAGACAACUUCCAAUGGAAAACAACAACCAAAUAAGCGUAAAGGACGUAAACAAUCGCAAUCAAAACAAACAACCGAAGCAAUUGAAGAACCAAUUUCUGAGGCGAUCUUUGAAAAUAAAGCUCUGGUUGAGGAAAUUGAAAUGAAUGCUAAAAAUGCUAAUGAAUCAUCAAUCUCAAAGGCAAACAUUGAAAGCAAAACAUUAGUAGAAGAAUCUGCACCAUUUAAUGAACAGAUAGCCGAGAAAAAAGCAGAGUUGCAAACAUACAUAAAGACAAGCUAUGAGGUGCUCUUAAAGAGCACUUCUGAAACAGCCAAUAUCGCCGAGGAUGACAAGCCCAUAGAGGGCGCAUAUCCAUUGCCAAGCUCCAGCGAAAAAUCAAAAAUUGAAAAUAAACCAGCUACCUUGAUCACUAGCGAACACGAAGAUAAAGCUGUGACAACUACAACUGAGCCGACUAGUGAAGCUCGGAGAGACAUUUCUUCUGCAAUGGUAACCGAACCUGAUAAACAUGAGGAUUCACAUGCACAGAGGCCAACACGACGCAAUCGAAAAGGCUCACAAUCAAGCCAAUGCUCUACUCAAGAUGAAGAUCAUCUGCCAACAACAACCAGGCGGCGUGGUGGGCGUCGACGUGCUGAAACGCCCGUCGAGCUCAGCACAGAUGAGGCCGCAUCAUCUGAUGCACCAACAAGUAAACGGCGACGAGGUCCAGGAAAAAUAAAAGAGGAUGUACAAUUGGAAGAUAUAAAAGAGGUGCAAAAUGAUGAACCCGAAAUUACAACUGAGGAACAGCAUCCAAUCAAAACUGCUGAAGUAAAGUACAAAAAGAAGUUGGAGACUGAAGUCACGACUGAUGAUAACAAUAGUGAGAAGAAAUUUGACAAGAUUGAUGACGUAAGUGGCGGUACUCCCGGCGCAGAAGAGGUGAUACAAGAAGUCGAUGAGGUAGCAACGAAGGAUACAGGCACAUUAACAAAACGAGGUACGAGCAGGCGGCGACAUGGAGUUGCUGCGGAAGCGGCCGAAAACGAGGAGAAAAUUUUUACUUCGAAAAUAAAUACUGAAAUUACAUAUGAACAUCACAUUGAUGUCGAAGUACCAGUUACUUCGGCUAUUAUAACUGUUGCUAAACGCGGCAAACGCAAGCAGACCGUCUCCGAAUCGAGUCAAACUUCGUGUUCCCGAAGAAGGAAUUGAUAAAGACGGGGACGCAAUAAAAACAGAGAGAGAAAAUGAAGAGUGUGAGCACCACUCUACAGCAGAGACUUCGAAACGUGCACUGACACGUAACAAGCGUACACUCAAGUCUUCACAAACAACCAAAGGCAGUCCGCAAUUGUCCGAGGCAUCAGAGGACCUCAAAGUGGAACCGAAUAAAGAGACGCCACUAGUAAAAGAAGAGGAGCCAGUAACAAAGGCUGCCAAUGAUGGUCGAACCCGCGUGAAUCGAAGAAAGAAAGCAGAAACAGAUGAAGAGCAUGAACGCAAGACAGAAGCUGAUAAAGCUCAAAAUGUGGAUGAAUCCGCUGGCACGGAUCCUGUGGCUAAAACAUCUGAAAACGCAGAACUUACAGUUGAGCAACCGUCGAACGCGGCUUCGGAAUCAGUAGGUGGGCGACGAGGACGCCGAGGAGCGGCCGCUGCUGCCACAGUAGCAAUCAAUGAAGUUUCAUCAGUUCACAAACGCGGUGCGCCGAGAGGAAAGACCCACCAGAAUAAGCCACAGACAGCACAACAACAAGAAGAAAUGGAAAAAGAAAUCGGUGAAGACUUUCAUGCUGAAGAUGGAGGGGAAGUGAAAGUGGUAGAGGAUAAGAAACCACAUAAGGCGAUACGUAAACGACGUGGAUCCACAGCUGAAGGUCAGUCGGCUCAUGCAGAUGGUGCUGAAAAAUCCGAAACAGAAGAAAAAGAAUCGACAAAGGCCGCGGCUAAGCGCGUUCGCAGACGCCGUGAGUCCCAUCAUGAAGACGAAUCGCAGAGUACCAAUAAACAAGGACCCCAGGAGGAAGUUACUACUAGUUCUGCACCGAAGAAGUCGCCCAUUGCGGUAUCAUCAAAACAGCGCAGCGGACGUAAGCGCAAGGACUCCCUCAAUAGCGUGGAAGGGACAGCGGCUGGCGACGGCGGAGGUGAACCGCCAAAGAAGCGUCCACUCAGUCGGAAGCGACGCGAUUCUUCGCUCGAUAGUAGCAUACAUGAAGGUACUGGUGGCGAUGCAGAUAACAACGCUGGAGGCAACACUUCGUCAUCAUCGACGACGCCACAACGCUCGCGUAAUAUACCAAGACGAGCUGCUGCCGCACAAGACCGCAACUACGACGAGAGCUCAGAUGCGGAAGCACAGGUUGAUCUGAAACGACGUAUCGAAAAAGCAGCGCUGCCUAAAAUAAAUACCAUUAGCGCUACAACAGCAGCGAACGCUGCUCCGAAACAACGGAGCCCACCGGAAACGACACCGGCGACUGUGAAAGAAAUCGCGUCGAAAGCCGUGAGCACUCCCAUCUUAUCGGCGGUCGCAACCACAAGUCGUGGUGGUCGGCAACGCAAACCCACCGCACGCGUACAACAGUACCUUGAGGAGGAGCGAGCUAAAGCUGAAACUCCGAAGAAGCGGCUGCUACUCAAUUUAGCCGCUGGUGCCGAAACGCCUACAUCACAAGCGCGCGGCACCCCAGUCAGACGCGGCCGAAAAGCCUCCGCUAUUGAAACUGAGGCGCCUGUAAAAUCACACACCCCGGUGCGUGGACGGGCGCGCACUGAAAAAGCCGUCAUUGCUGUUGCGGUGACUUCAGAGGAAUCGCGCUCGGAAUUAGAACACACACAUUCUGAGCUAGAAACGACCCACAGCAGCAGUCAUGCGGAAGAAAAAGAGUUGAAAACCACUGCUCAAGUUAUUAAACGGCCCGGACGACGUGGCAAGCAUGCUGAAGCAAACAUUCCCCUAGAAAGUGAUUUGAAUGAAGCACAGCACACAUCGGCCGCAAUGGUUUCCACGCCGACGCCGCAGGCACAUACUGCCAGUGGCCGAAGUGGAAGAGCUGCCAAAGCCGCGGCAGCAGCGGCACUUAUAACUGACGAGCCAACUGGUUCACACACAAAAGCGCGUGUUGGACGCGGGCGACGAGGCGCUCAUGUUACUGCCACCGAGGAGGAGCAACACACUGAUGUCGAAACAAAGGGAGCACGCGCCCAGGCGGCAACGCCUUCAAUUGAAACCCAAAAACCAACUAAGCAGGCGCGAACAGCCACAGCUGCUGGGCGCGGAGUACGCGGAGGACGGCGCAACAAACAGCUAGAUGACGAUGACGACGCUCGUUCCUAUACCUCACAAAACGUCUUACAAGAAGAUAGUGAAGCCAGCAGUAGUGGUGGGCCCCAGUUAUCGCUAGCUGUCGAUGCCGACGAUGAGCAUGAGGAAGACGAGGACGCGCUAACGAUUACGGAAGAAGGAGAAGACAAGCCACUUGCAACGGUUAAGGGAGGGAAGGCAGCAGGUAAAAAACGUACGGUAACAACGCGUAAACCAGCUACCAGGGCUACCGAAUCCCCUGCGCCGAAACGCGGACGUCGUCGCGCUGUCGCCGAACAAGAUGACGCCACACACAUAGAUACAGCCUCAGAGAGCACAGGUAGCAGUCGGAGCCGCAAAGUAGUUCGAUUCGAUGCCGCUACGCCUUCAAGCACCACCAGUGCCGAAAUGCCAGCGGAAGCUGUUGCCGUUGAAAUGCCAGCAGAGAAAACAGCGCCGGCCAAACGUGCAACGCGUUCGCGCCGGAAGUGAACGAUAGAAGAGCAACAGAAAAGAUAAUAUGAGUAACGGGUGUAGUUGCGCUUAGUUUUUUUAAGCAUUUACAAUUUUUUAUCAGCAACCUUACAAUUUUUGUUAUCAGCUAAUGCAUUCACAAUGGGAUAACAGUGCUAGCUAUUAGAAUCAUGCAUCUACUAACCAUCUCUCAUUCAUUCAAGCCACAUCUUCGGCCUUUUUCCCCAAGAAGUUUAAUGAGCAGAAAUCUUUAUUUAAUGAGCAGAAAUCUUUAUUUUGUCUUUUAAUGAAUAACCAUUGAUUUGUUUUUUUUCUCGAUUAAAUUUACGGAAUUGUUCUGAGUAAUCCUGUAUUUAAAUUAGUUCGCAUGAACGCGCAGACAUAUUUCAUUAUUUUGUGUUCGAAUAAAAAAAUUAAAAAAAGACAAAAUAAAUAAUGAUGAAUUGCAUAUGCAUUUUAUUUCGCCUUUGGCAUAUAGAGUAGUAGUUAUACAUACAUACAUACAUAUUCUACCCAAAUACAACAAACUACUAAUACUACCAACAUACUAUAUUGUACUUUUAUGUCUA